AUGGCUGCUCGCGCUGCGUCUUCGAGUGUUCUCACCGAGCAAGACUCGCCUUCGCCUCGUUCGGUUGAUGAGGAGGAGGAGCCCGUUGACCAAGAUCCACAUGCGAGCGCUAAUCGCGAACCUGUUAGCCGCUCUCCGCUCUCUCGCCUCGAACGCCUUCCUACCGAGAUUCUCUCUGCCAUCAUCUCGUUCGACUACCUCACCUGGCCAGCCCUCGACGUCUGUUCUCCAGUCUCUCGCCGCCUUCGCCAGAUCGCUCUUCCUGAGCGCGGCGCGGCACCACCCGUUGAGAUAUCAAUUAUAUCUGGCAUCGCGCGUACGGCGCCAAGGUCCGUCGCCUGGAGAUCUCCCUUGGACCGGCCAGGGGCUCGAGUUGGGCCGUGGCGAAGCACUUUCGCCUGGCGUGGCUACGACGACGAAGAGGAAGACGACGAGGACGAGGACAGGGCCCCGAUACACGCGUACGAGCAGCUUGCCGAGGACCUGCUCUGCGAGGAGUCGCUCGGUGAGGACGAAGCCGACUACUUGCCCGACAUCCUCAACGCCUUUCCGAAUGUCCGCAGCCUCCGCCUUGAGGGGUGCGAGUACUUCUCUACCGCAGACAGCGUCGAAUACUUGGUCGAGUGUCUGCCGAAUCUUCGCGAGGUGAUGACCAUUGCAACCAGAGCCGAGCGCGGACGCGGACCCGAAGAUGGCAAGGACUCUUCCGACCAGUCUGCCGAGGAGGAGCUGGGACAAGCGCUGGAGGAGGAGGGCAUUCGCUUCAUUCCGCUGAAGUACUGA